AUGGGGAAAAUCUAUGUGGUUGGUAGGAGUUCAGAACAACUUGAUGAUACACAGUCAAUCAAUCAGACAAAUAUAUUUACAAUUCUGUUUAAAAUGAAGCUGAGAAGAUCAGCAUUUUGUGAAGAAGGAUGCAGAUAUGGUGGGACAUGUGUUGCCCCCAAUACAUGUUCCUGUCCUUUUGGAUUCAUGGGAAGUCAUUGUGAAAAAGAUAUUGAUGAAUGUGCUGAGGGGAUCAUUGAAUGUCACAACCAUUCACGCUGUGUUAACCUCCCAGGGUGGUACCACUGUGAGUGCAGAAGCGGUUUCCAUGACAAUGGAACCUAUUCACUUUCCGGGGAAUCCUGUGUUGAUAUUGAUGAAUGUGCCUUAAAGACUCACACUUGUUGGAAUGAUUCAGCCUGUAUAAACUUGGCAGGGGGGUUUGAUUGCCUCUGUCCAUCUGGACCUUCCUGUACAGGUGAUUGCCUGCAUGAAGGGGGCCUGAAACGGAAUGGCCAAGUAUGGACAUUGAAGAAAGACAGAUGUUCUGUUUGCUCCUGUAAGGAUGGCAAGAUCUUCUGUCGAAGGACAGCUUGUGAUUGUGAAAAUCUCAGUGUUGACUUUUUCUGUUGCCCAGAAUGUGAUACCAGAGUGACCAGUCAGUGUUUAGAUCAGAAUGGGCAUAAGCUGUACCGAAGUGGAGACAACUGGACAUACAGCUGCCAACAGUGCCGCUGUCUGGAAGGUGAAGUGGAUUGUUGGCCACUUGCAUGUCCAGCCCUGAAUUGUGAUUACACAGCAAUGUCAGAAGGAGAAUGUUGCCCUCAUUGUGUCAGUGACCCUUGUUUGGCUGAUAAUGGUAUAUAUGACAUCCAAAAAACCUGUCUAGAUGACUAUGGAAUAACACGGCUAAGUGGUUCAGUAUGGACAAUGCUUGGAUCUCCUUGUACGACUUGCAAAUGCAAGAAUGGAAAUGUCUGUUGUUCAGUGGAUUUAGAAUGUCUUCGCAACAACUGAAGUAUAAACCUGGGACAAUUCUUUUUGUGAGGAAAACUGAUGCAAUUUUCCACUUUCCAAACAAAUGCAGUGUAAGUAAGAGGUGGAAGUUUUGUACAACAGACAAUGAUCUAAGUCUCUGAGGACGAUAUUUGGGAGUUGCCUUUGGGACCUAUCACUACACUUGCUAGGCUUCUCUCUACUUUUACAGUAAAAUGCAUCUAAAUCAAUGGUUGUUAAAAGUUUUGAGUGUUGUAAAUUACACCCUUUUUUGUCAAAUCAUUUGCAAAUGCAUUAAAAUUAUUCCAUCAGUAAAAUGCAGUGUAUUGAUUUGUUUAAUUUUGUAGAAAGAUCACAAUGGAAUUUCCUGUUUUAUUUUAGAUUUAGAUCAAAGUUCUACAAAAUAAGGCUGCCUGUGGUUUUGUCUCAUAUUAUUGGCUAUUUAGUCUGGAGGUCCCUGUCGAAUGUAUUUAUGAAAAUAUGUAUGUAUGUACAAAUUGCAUAAUACUUAUAUUUCAUAGCUGUCAAACAUUAUAAAACAUUCCAAGGUACAUUUGACUUCUACGGGCUGAGAAUAAUCGAAUCCCAGUCUAUCUUUAUGAAAAAAAAUAAAUAAGAAGGAAUAAUGGCACAAGUUUAAUGAAGUGGCAAAAAGCAUUUUCUUUUGCAGACAAAUGAUCUAGGAGCAAAAUCCCAGAGUGGAAGAAAAAAUACAAAAUUAUAAGGUUUUCAUCAGCAGUGCUCCUGAGCUUAGUCAGAACAUCAGGCCAUGUUAAGUUUAGCAAAAUGUUGUAGUUUACAAAUCAAACAAUAAAUAUUGAAUGUAGGUGGAAUUCAUACAGGGUUGUGUAGCAUUAAAUAAAGCAAUCAAAGGGCUUUACAUUUACAAGAUUGUAUGUGAAAAGUGGUUUUUUUCAUAUUUACAUCAAUGUACUUGAGUUUAUAAUCUCUCUCCUCAGUAGUUGCUUUGGUAUAAUAACAUCUACCAUUCUCCAUUGCAAAUGAUGUAAUGAAAAAGUUCUUCAUCUGUUCCACAUUACAAGUUGUAAGGAAGGUGUAAAUGUCACUGCAGUUAACUGUAAUUUCAGUAGAUCACAUAAUAGUCUCCCGGUUCCAAUUUUCUUUCAAUGUAUUACAUUCACCCUUGGCUCUAUUUUCCCUCUUCUGACAUUCACCCAAAUGUAAUGUAUUAAGUUAGUUGUCUGUAAAAUACUACUUAAAAUCAUAAGCUUGGGUCCAAAUUGUAAUUAAACAUUUGAACUGUGCGCAAAGGUUAAGCUUGAAGGAUAGAUAACUGCUGUGAGUUUUGCUAGGUUAAGACUUUGGUAUUACUAAUACAAGUCCUGUCUCAGCCUAGAACUGACAGCUGCUGAUAUCCAACUGGUUUCCAUGCCCAAUUCUUCUCCUUCCACAUAGCAUAUACUGUACAAAGUAUGGCUGUAUGGGAACUGAAAAGUGAAAUUUCCCACAUUCAGAUGCACAGCCACAAGCAAUGCUGAACAUGAUCUUCAGAUCUAUAAACAAUGCAAUAUGGCACAUAAAAAAAAUAUCACUGGAUAUAAAUGAAAGGAAGACAAAGUCCCCCCCCCACUCUCUGCAAGGAUUACCUUUGAAACAGAAGGCUGCUUACAUUAACAUAGGGAUGUAGCCAUGACUGAAAGUGAGGGGCAGGGAAGAGGUAGAGGCAUCUACUGUAAAUGAUGCAAAUAAGUGGCUAGAACAGAAAUCUGGAAAAAUGUCAAAAGCUUCUUCCUUCUCAGUCAUUGAGGGAGAAAAGUCCAUAGAUGCAGCAUCUCCUUUUUCCCUUAUUUUACUAGAACCUUAGGUUCAAGAUGCAAAGGCAGAUACUGGCAUUUUCUCACAAUACAUAAAGCCCCCUCAGAGAGGAUGCUUUUGCCUUACUUCCCUUGAACAGGGGUUAGCAUCUGUAGGAUUUCAUAAAGACUGAAUAAUAUUUUGAAAUCUUCAGUAUUCAUACCUAGUAGGAAUUGUUUUCUUCCCUCAACACACACACAUACAGACACAAACACAGAGAGAGGGGGAGGGAGGAAGGGGGAGGAAGGGAGACUUUGUUUUUUUCCUUCCCUUUCCAGUUGGACUUACCCCUUCUUCAUUCUGUUCAUUUGGUUUGGUUUGUCAUAGUUUCUCCUGGAAAAAAAGAAGACUAUGGUGUGUCCUCUGUAUCUGGUGUCAGUAUGUAAUCCAUGUAUAAAAGAGAAUAGUUUGUAUAUGCAAACAGGGAAAGCAAUUAAUUUUAAAAAUCAGUGCCUUACUUUUCAGGCAAUUAAUUUUAAUCGGUAGCUACUAAUUCAAUUCAUAUGAAUUUAAUUUUUUGUCCUCAUCCUAAUCUUUUUGAGGAAUGUGGAAUCUAGCCUAUCUGACAUCCAUACACACAUGCAAGCAUGUUUCCUGCCUGAGCAGGGGGUUGGACUAGUUGACCUCCAAGGUCCCUUCCAACUUUACUACUAUUAUUAUUAUACAUACAGUUAAGGCAAGAGCAGGUAAAUCCUAGGUUUCAGCUGUAUAUUGCAAAGAAAUCAGGCAAGACAUGGUAUCUUUAUGUGUGUUUACAAUCUUUUCUUCUAUCUAAUUUUCCUUGUUUUCAACACACAUAUUAAAUUCAUACUUCUCUUCCUUUUGGGAAAAUUUGGUUGUUGCAUCUGGACAUUCCUGUUAAGCAGAAGGAAGGUGUCUUGCUGGCACUAUUGCCCCUAUCUUGAGUCACUGGGUUUUCAAAGCAUUUGUGGUCUUUAUUCUGCUUAAUUACCUUGUAUUAUCUUUGAUAAAACUUGGGGGAAUAUUCAGAACUAGAUCCUGCACAGAAGUAUAUAAUGUUUGCAACCAAGAAAUAAAAACCUGACUCCUAAAAAAAAAAAAAAAAAGAGUGGGCAAAGAAGGCUGGUCUGCUGGGAUGAAGAGAGGGCAGGAGCAUGAAAAAGUGAAGAUGGAUCCCACCCCCUUUUUACAUGUGUCAUACAUAUGGAUAAAGAUGAGGUGGGAAUUUGCACAAUCUUUUUUUGUAUAAUUUUUAUUAUGUUUUUAAAAGAUAAUUUAAAACUGAUAUAAACUAAUAUAAAGAAAAAGAAAAGUAAGAGAAAGAAAUGAAAGCAAAAGCUAAAAAUGCAAAAAAUGCAAAAAAAGAAAAAAAGAUAAGAUGCAAAGAAGUAACUUCCGAUUUUCUUUAUAGCAGUUAUAAGUACAAUAACUUAUACUUAAAUUUAUUUCAUACUGUAUGGUUACAACUCUCUUCUCUCUAUAAUUUAAUCUGUCUAACCAUCAAAACCAUAAUUCGUAGGUCUACUUCUUCUCUUUCAUGCAAAGAAUGGGGUUUCCAGGCAGCAAUAAAUAUAGAUAUUGUCUUUUCUUUGAUCAAAAAAACUCAGUUCAUCCAUCUCAGCUAGUUCCAUCAACUUCACCCACCAUUUCUCCAUUGUAGCUAAUGAUUAAUCUUUCUAUAGUUAUCUAUACAACAAUCUCCAUGACAUUUUUUCCAGUUAGAACUUUGUACAAUCUUGGGUGCCAUCAUUACUUUUUUGAUGUUCACCGAAGAUGAAAGGAUAGGCAAUAUCUGGUUCCAUAUAAGUUUCAAGAAUCACUGUACUAAAGAGAUAUUACUUAAUAUUAAGAAAGAUCUAGGGUUGUGUACACACUAUUUAAUCUACACUGGGCAUUGAAAUUUACCCAGAUAUAAGUGAUAACACUGCAAUGCAACAUAAAAUGUCCUUUGAUCAGUAGCUUUGAUGCACAUAGUAGAAUUAUUCAGUGCAUUGUUUACUUCAAUGAAUUUAAUGAAACGAAUUCCCUUCAUACAUAAAAUGAAUGUAAAUGUACAAACAAUUCCCCAUCACAAAAAAAAGGAAAAACAAAGGCAGCCCAAUGUAUGUAGGACUCCAGCUUUGCUUUUCAUUUUUAAACUUUUUUCUUUCUUGACAUACACUAUGUAUUGAUUAUAUUUGCAUUGUUUAACAAUGGUAUUAUAAACUGUGUUUUUUAAAAUCCUCAAAGGACAUUUGUAAACCAUGCCAUUAAAGCAUUUUGUAAACCAUAUUGUAAAGCCACUGAUAAUUCAAUUGGAGGAAAUAAAACCGUGCUUUGGGAUGUAAACGGGAGUGAUUUAAAACUUGUGGCAUCUAAAUAAACUCCUGAGUACAGCU